CAGCCCUUUUCUUUAUUUGCGGAGAUAACAGAUACCAUAGAAAAAGAAACAAACAAGUAGUUAUUAUACUUAAUAUAACUGUAUGUUUUGAAAACAAAAAAACAAAACAAAAAACUGUAUGCUGAAUGUGUUGUGCCGAAUAACCAGCUAGCACAGUCUGUGUUGUUGUCUUGGUGAAGAUGACAGCUGUAGAAGAAGAUACUGAGCUUCGGGACCUGCUGAUACAAAACUUGGAAAACAGCGGGGUCCUCAAUAAAAUAAAGGCAGAACUCCGAGCAGCUGUGUUUCUAGCUUUGGAAGAACAGGAAAAAGUAGAGAAGAAAACUCCUUUGUUUAACGAAAGCUUGAAAAAGUUUUUAAACACAAAAGAUGGACGAUUGGUGGCCAGUCUUCUGUCUGAUUUUUUGCAGUUUUUUAACUUGGACUUCACAAUGGCGGUUUUUCAGCCUGAAAUAAACACAUUGUUGGAAAGUCGAGAUGCUGUAGCCAGAGAGCUGGGAAUUCCGGAGACAGAGGCAACCAAAGGGGCACCGCUGCUGUUGGAAUUAAUGAAGAGGGGUCGCCACAAAGAUAGAGGCUCCAGUUUUGCAGAGGGUGAUCGGGCUGUACAUAUUCCUAAGGAAUUAUCUCCAAAGCACAUCGCUGAAGCCAGAAAAAGGUUUGAUCAUUAUGAUAAGGACAGAAGUGGUGAGAUAAGCAAAGAAGAAUUGAAGAUACUAUUUACAGAUCUUUUUCCUCACUUUCAUAAGAGUAUGCUGGAAAGGUACAUUACUGAUGAGUUCAGAGCUUUGGAUAAAGGAUUUAAUAACUCUAUUGCCUUUGACCAGUUUCUUGGGAUGUACAAAUGUUUAUUUAUCCAGUGUAGAAGUGUGGUGACAAAUGAUAUCUGUGACAUUGUUCAAACACCAAGCAAGUUCCUUGAGGAGAAACUAAAUUCUACAUUAGAAAGCAAGGCUAUUGAAUCCAGCCAUGGCGAAUUAAGCUUGCCGAUUGGAGGUGUGACAAAUAAAAGCAAUGUCCAGAUAUCGGCUAGUGAAUCAAAACUGGACUCAAAGCGCAACAGCAACAUUCCAGCAAUUAAGAAGGGUGAAGAUUUUGGUCUGGAUGAUGAAAAGGAUGAAGGAGAUUCUUUCUUUGAUGAUCCAUUGCCUAAACCUGAGAAAACAUAUGGCAGUAUAUCCCUGGCAGACAAAAGGGUUUUAGAGGCAAGUAUGUCAGAAAACAAGAUGAACCAUAAUCACAAAGAGACCACUGUUAAAAGCAAUGACACAGAUGAAGAGACUGAGGAUCCCUUUGCAGAGAAUGGUAACGGACACAACCCUGAAGAGAGGACAGAUUCAAGUAGGCCGAUGGGAAGCCUUGCACCUCUUUCUGAUGCACCUCCUUUGAAAACUGGUUUAGUGUCCCUGGCUGGAGUGCCCCCACUUAAAGGACCUUAUGACAGCAAUGGCAAAGUUAUUGAAUUGAAAGACCUGAAGACAAUGAAUGAGAAAAUAGGCUCUUUCGGAUUAGGAGAUAAAGAUGAUGAUUAUGAUGAUUUUAACAGUAUCAGCCGUCGAUCAGAUAAAACUAAAAGUGAAGUUAGCAUUGGAGAGGAGAUUGAAGAAGAGCUUUCUAUUGAAGGGGUGGAUUUCAAUGCCAGUGAUGAGCUUGAUGACUUAACACUGGAUCGCAGCAUUUCACAGUUCAGCGAAGCUAUUGACUACAUGGAGGAAGUUGCAUAGACAUGCUGUAAUCAGACAAUCUUGCUUUACUCAAAAAGCUGGAACUUUAAAACCUUGCCGUGCCUUUUGUUACAGAUAUAUACUAAACUGAAACUUGACUGCAUUUUCUUAACUGUACAGAGCAGGCGGUUACAACUGUUAUGGUUAUUCAGUCAGGACUGCAGUUUAAAGUGUUUGUUUUGUGUUACGCUUCAGUCAAAAUGGUUGUGUUAAUAUUGUGAAAAAACAACUCCAACAUAUUGAUCACACACACAACCCUUCUGUAGCUAGACAGUGAAAUACCCUAAAGUAAAAUAUGGACAGCUUACAAAAGCUUUCAUACAGCUGCUUCACAGAGAAUGCUUAGCUUGAUCUUGUACUACCUUAAAUGAUGUAGCUCAAGAAUGGUGCUAGCAGGGUCUGUGAAACAGUACAGUAGUUUGGAUGUGAUUAUUGCUUUUGUGUUCCUACUCUAGUUACAGAACACUGUUAUGUUGAGUUCUGGCCAGCUGAUAAUCAUAUUUAGCCCUUUUUAUAUUGUGAAGGGGUAUUUCACUGUAUAUUGAUCUGGUUGCCUUUUUAAGUAUUUAUGGCUGUCUUUUUUAAGGUUUCGGCUUUUUAAAAAUCCAUAUUGAAUUUGUUGUUUAAAAAAAAGACGACGCAAUACAGAGUUAAGAAUCCGGAAGUACAGUCUGUAUCUAAUUGGAUUGUCAAAACAAAAAUACUAACUGAUUACAAUUAAAAAAAGAGAGCGUGGAUCUUGCUGGCUACAAGGGUUCAUAACUGGCUGAGCUAUGCAGGCAAAGCUUUAUUAUUACUUUUUGUUCUCUCAAUACAGCCUAGUUACUCAGGGUAAAUUAUCCUGAAAAUCAACUAACUAGAGUGCUUAGUCCAGUUAUUUGAUGUUGCACUGUACAUGGUAAAUGCCUUUUUCUUGCUGAAGUAUGUAUAUAUUUGCAAAAAUGCAAUUGGAAUGUUAAAUGAUUAAAAGUGACCUCUAAA